UCACAAUGCAGCACAGCGUACGGCUAUGUCGACAUCGCAAGGAGGUGUAGCGCAGCACCAGCAUGUCACGCAGCCCCCGAGUACAACUGACCAGCCUUUGACGCCUCUGCUAACCGACAAGAAGCCAUUUGCGGGAGCGCUUCGCGUUAUUGCACUUUUUAGAGACAUCCAAGCAGGAAGAAUUACCAAGCGAGACACGCAGGUAGAAUUCCAGCUUGCAGAAGGAGAGUACGGUCACAUAGAGAGGACACUCCGACGAGACGAUGUGCUUUCGGGUUACGUGCAAGAUAAAAUACGGUAUGACUACGACGAAGAUCAAUGCAGACUGUUUGUUCGCGUGUCUACCGAGACACACGAACGCUUCAUUGACGCAGUAGAGGAUGACAUUCGGAGCCAGCUGAAAAAGAUCCGGAACGGAUUAGGGAGGAAGGCUGAAUUCGCGCAGAAAGUGCAUCCAGUCCGAUUAACUGAGAUACGUUUCGACGCCAGCGCUUUGUCUAGCAAAUCGAAGUACGAGCCAGACGCGUCAUUUAGGCAUGAAGAUGCACAAUAUCCGGGCGUCAUUAUCGAAGUCGCGUACUCGCAACAACAGGGGCGCUUAGGCCAGUUGUCUGAGAACUAUAUUCUAGAUUCGGAUGCCAACAUACGGGUGGUUGUCGGCCUAGACAUUGCGUACGGCAAGGAGUCGCGCAAAGCAACGUUGUCAAUAUGGCGGUCCCAACUGUUCGAUACUACUGACGGGCCUGAAUUACGAGCGGUGGAUGUGGUCAUGGAUGAGGCUUUCCGCGACGAUGAAGGAAAUCCCGUCGAUCAUCCAGGCUUGCGGCUCCACCUCAGCGACUUCACUUGCGAGGGACUUGCCCGGGAAGAACUGGGAGAUGAGGAUGCAGAUAUUUGCAUCUCUGGGAUACAACUCUGCCGAUAUAUUGAUGCGGCAGAGGGCAAAGUGGGGCGAGCACUGCGCACGGAAUCUUUGGGUAAUAAUGUCAAGAAGCGGAAACGGUCGGAAACACCUGCAGAAAUUCAGUCCAGUGAUGAAGCUAAGUACGCUAAACAAGAGGAGAGAGCUGCGAAGCGUGCAGAUUAUGACGUGGAUUACCAGGACAAACGAUCGACCAAAAGUCGUUCAGACUAAAAUACCAAUUAUGUUUUAUCACGCC